AAUUGCCCUAGGCCGGAACCGAUUAUUGAAUUCAGACCACCGCCAUUUGGCAACACUGUCGCUGCAUUAGCGGCAAAAAAAAUUAAUUUGGCCAUUUACGUUGGCGUAAAGUUCUGUCGCACAACAAUUAUAAAGCUCGACCAGCUGGGUUGCACAAGAACGGCGGAGGUGGCGGCAGAGAGAAAAGAGUGAAAAACAAACCAAAAGACACGGCAAAUCAGUCUAGUCAACAAAAGCAGACCAAAUGAGCACGCACUUCGGGACUAACGAGCAGCACAAACUAAGCCAAAAAUAAAGCUAAAGAUAAAAGAGAGGCAGAGGCAUCACACACACACACACACACACACGCACACGAACACUAGCACAAGCCAUUACACUGAGCGAAACCGCAUCGCAAAUCGGCUUCAAGAUGCGGGUAGUGGCCAUGGUCAGUGGCGGCAAGGACAGCUGCUACAACAUGAUGCAGUGCGUCGCCGAGGGUCACGAAAUCGUCGCCCUGGCCAAUCUGCAUCCCAAGGACAGAGACGAACUGGACAGCUUCAUGUACCAGACGGUCGGCCACAUGGGCAUCGAGAUACUGGCCAGCGCCAUGGGAUUGCCACUGUACCGGCGCGAAACCAAGGGCAAGAGCACCCAGACCGGCAAGCAGUACGUGCCCACCGAUGACGACGAGGUCGAGGAUCUAUACAGUCUGCUGGAGACAUGCAAGCACGAACUGCAGGUGGAUGCGGUGGCCGUGGGCGCCAUCCUCUCCGAUUACCAACGCGUGCGUGUGGAGAACGUGUGCAGUCGCCUGAACCUGAUAUCCCUGGCCUAUCUGUGGAGGAGAGAUCAGACUGAAUUGCUGCAGGAGAUGAUCGACUGCCAGGUGCACGCCAUCAUCAUCAAGGUGGCUGCCCUGGGCCUCGUGCCGGAUCGUCACCUGGGCAAGUCGCUGCGCGAGAUGCAGCCGCACCUGCUGAAGAUGCGCGACAAGUACGGACUGAAUGUGUGCGGCGAGGGUGGCGAGUAUGAGACAUUCACCCUGGACUGCCCGCUCUUCCGGCAGCGCAUCGUUGUCGAGGACAUCCAGACGAUCAUCAGCAGUGCCGAUCCCAUCUGCCCGGUGGGCUACAUCAAUUUCACCAAACUGACGCUGCAGCCAAAGGAGGCGGCGGGCGCGGCCAGCAGCGGCGGCAACGAGGUGGUGUUCGUGAAGCGUUCACUCGACUAUAUUAGCGAUCUGAACGAAUCGACGUACAGCGACCUCAGCGAUCCGGAUUUCAGCGAAACGGAGCUGGAACUGAUCGAAAAGGAGACCAGGCUGCGCGAAUCGCUUAGCCAAAGUGAGCUGAUAUCGCGCAGUAACUCCUUUGGUCGCCAUCUGGCCGCCACCGCCUCCUCGCCGAUACCCAUUGUCACGAAGAGCGCCAGCGUCGACGAGCCCACAGCGGCGGCGGCGCCGAUACUGGGCGGAGUUGGAGGACCGCCAAUCUGUUCCACCUCAGCCUGUGCGUCCAUGCUGCUGACCACCACCGCCGACGGCCUGAGCAGCCUGGCCAGCUCACAGAGCCAGGGCGGUGGCCAUGGGCUCGGCAGCAGCACGGCCGCCGUGUGCGGCUCGCUGUCGCUGGCCAUCUCCUCGCUUGGGCUCAGCGCCAAUACCUGCUGUCAUCCGGGCGGAGCUGGAGGAGGAGUUGGAAUUGGAGUAGGAGCAGGUGCAGGAGCAGCAGCACCUUCGGCCACCACACAACCGCCCAGUCCGCUGAAGUACGAGCGGGAAUUCCGUCCACUGGCCAACGAGGCCAGAGCGGCCAUCAAUGCCAAGGGCUGGAUGUGGCUGGCGGGCAUACAGGGCUCCGGAACGGAGGGCAUUGAGCAGGGCAUGCAGCAGGCAUUGGACACGCUGCGCGAUUUGUGCCAGUCCAAGGGCUACGAUCUGCAGGAUCUGUGCUAUGUCACGCUAUAUGUCCGCUCGAUCGGCGAGUAUUCCUUGCUGAAUCGUGUCUACCAUCGCGCCUUCGACUUCCACAAUCCACCGACGCGCGUCUGUGUCGAGUGUCCGCUGCCCGAUGGCUGCCAUGUGGUGAUGGAGGCCAUUGCCUACCGCCAGCCGGUGGCCGGAACGAUAUCCAGUGCCGAGGAGCGUGAUCGCGAGGGCGAGGAGACUGCGGCGGCGCUGCUCAACGGGCGACGGAACACGAUGCAUGUGCAGGGCAUCUCGCACUGGGCGCCGGCCAACAUUGGUCCAUAUAGCCAGUCCACCAGGAUUGGCGACAUUACGUAUAUCUCAGGCCAGAUCGCCCUCGUACCCGGCAGCAUGACAAUCAUCGAGGGCGGCAUCCGACCGCAGUGCAAGCUCACGUUGCGCCACAUCAGCCGGAUUGCGAAGGCGAUGAACGCCCACGGCCAGCUGCGUGAUGUGGUGCACGGCAUCUGCUUUGUGACCCAUCCAGCCUUCAUUGGCGAGGCGCGUCGCCAGUGGGAGCGUCGCACCACCAAUGCCAUCAUGGACUAUAUAGUGCUGCCGGCACUGCCGCGUGAGGCACUCGUCGAAUGGCAGGUGUGGGCGCAUACGCACAACGAUCGAUUCGAUUAUGAGGAGACUGGCUGUUCGGUGGGCGACUACACCAUCUCGAUACGUCGACGCUGGAACUACGAGAACAAUUGUGCGGCCAUCGUUUGCUAUGUGUCAACCGGCCUGGCCUCGUCCACCACCCAACUGACGCAGCUGAGCGACGACAUUCUAGGGAAUCACUGCCGUCUGGCGCAAGCGGUUAGUGCCGAACACCUGGACGAAAUCUUUACGUACGUGGUUAAUCGUCUGCUCAAGGACUAUCCGCUGGCCAAGAAGCAGGCGCAGCAACCGACAAAUUCGGGAACUCCACCGGCCACGCCCACGCAACCGGGCGGUGCUGGCGGAGAUCAGCAGCAGCCAGUGCCGUCGAUCCACCUGAAAUUGUUCUAUCAAGUGAAUGCCGCACCGGCAACGGAUCUGCUGCUACAGGCGCUGCACGAUUUCCGACUCAAGUGCCAGGAUACGGCCGCCAUUGUCUACACAGUGUUGCCGGCCUGCAGCCUGCACAACUUCAGUACGUUCCUGUCCAUUUGCGGGGUGAGGCACGAGUAGGAGCCGCACGCAGAAACUUGAAGGAUCAUGAUGAUGAUGAUGAUGAUGCUGAUGAUGAGGAUGAUAUGGAGGAAAAUGAUGAAACAAUUUGCUGCCACCGCACCAAGCAGAACACAGAAUAUAUAUAUACACCACUAUAUAUACACAGAUA